AUGGCGCAGUCGUGUGUUCUCGAAUCACCUGUAUCAGGAUUUAACUUUGAAAAUUCGGCCAGAAAUUUCAUGCUGGAGAGUGCUCUUGGGGAAAGUAAGACCAGGGCACCCAAACCACUGAAAACAGGGACCACAAUUGCAGGGGUAGUAUACAAGGAUGGUGUAGUGUUGGGUGCAGACACACGGGCGACAUCCAGUGAAGUGGUGGCUGAUAAGAUGUGUGCCAAAAUCCACUACAUUGCUCCUAACAUAUACUGCUGUGGAGCAGGUACGGCAGCGGACACAGAAAAGACUACUGACCUGCUGUCCUCCAAUCUCACCAUCUACUCCUUAAACAGUGGCAGAAACCCACGUGUUGUCAUGGCAGUGAAUAUUCUACAGGAUAUGCUCUUCAGGUAUCAGGGCCAGAUUGGAGCUAAUGUGAUCCUGGGAGGAGUUGACUGCACUGGGAGUCAUCUCUACACUGUGGGACCAUAUGGGAGCAUGGAUAAGGUUCCUUACCUGGCCAUGGGUUCUGGGGAUCUGGCCGCUAUGGGGGUAUUGGAGGAUGGAUUUAAACCUGAUAUGGGGCUGGAAGAGGCUAAGGCGUUAGUUCGAGAUGCAAUCCAUGUUGGCAUAAUGAGUGACCUGGGUUCAGGCAACAACAUUGACCUGUGUGUCAUCACGAAACAAGGGGUAGACUACAUCAGACCCUACCAGGAAUCUCAGUACAGGGAUCAGCGACGAGAGAAGUAUAAGUACAAACUGGGAACCACACCUAUUCUGAGUGAGAGAGUGGAGCCCCUGGAGCUGGAGGUGGUGCAGGAGACGGUUCAGAUGAUUCAGAGGAUGGACACAGCCUGAUUUCAAUAGAGACAGAACAUUUCAGACAGUCAUGAUGGGUCAUGGAUUUAACUAUACUUAACCUCGUGUUUUAAUACUCUUAGGGUGUU